AUGAAUAAAGAAUUAAGUACAAAUGAUAAAGAAAUUACUAAAAAUUUGGACGAAAUUGUUAAUAACUCAGUUUUUCGACCAGAAGUUGAGUUCUUAUUAGUAGAAAAAACUGGUAAAUUAUGGCCUUAUUAUGGUGGAAAAAAAGCGUUAAGUGCUAGUACUCUCACAAAAGCUUUACGUGAGAUAGAGUAUAAAGACAUACCAGAGUAUAUCCUUCUCAAAGCCGCCGAGCGAGGAAAAAACUUUCAUGACAUUAUUCAAGAGUUCGUAAAAAGCGGCAAUCAUCCUCCUUUUGUUGAUUUAAUAGAGAGUAAUAAGUUAAAUAAUCUAGAUAAGAGGAUUCAUGAAACAGUUAAUUUUUUGAAAAAGGAUAAAUCAUUAAAACUUGGUCGUUUUCUUGGCAGUGAAAAACUUCAUUACGUUUUUUACAAAGACGAAUUAUUAGCCACUUAUGUCGAUUUGGAAUUUCAUGAUUAUAUUGUUGAGUUAAAAACUAGUAAUAUUAAGGCCAACAAGAGCCCGCUGGCUCUACUCGUUUUUGAGGUCCAAUUACUUAUUCAAUACUUAUGCACUGGUAAGAAUGUUUAUCUUUUGUGA